AAGAGCGAGGCGAUGCUGUAAAAAGGGGGCACACCUCUCCUGCCAGCCGGUUCCACCUGCACCCGCACCCCCGGGCAGGUCCCCGAGACCCCCAUGCUCCAUCCCUGGCGCUCCGGGUCCCUAACCAGGCCUCUCCCCCCGCAGAUGUCCGACCGGGUGGUGCUGGUGGCGGCCGAGCUGAACCUCACCACGGCCAUGCUGGAGCUCCCCGCCGCCCCCAGCUUCGCCGAGGUGCGCCGGCGGCCCCUGGACUUCUUCACGCAGGCCCGGGAGGACGUGCGGAGCUGUGUGAGUGUGGAUCCCUCGCACCAGCCCUCGGGCAGGCUGAGGCACUGGCUGCACAAGCUGCAGGCGGCCCUGCGAGCAGUAAGUCGGGUGCCGGGCUCUGGGGUGGGCGCUGCCGGCCGCGGCGCCACCGCGGAGCUGAGCCGGGCUCUCUCCCCGCCGCAGGACAGCGCCGAGGACACGGCGUGCCUCAGGGCCACCACCAUCCUGCACGUCCUGCGAGUGCUGGACAACCUGCGCUGCGCCGCCCUCCAGGACAAGUGCUGA